UCAUUUACAGCUUUCUCAACUCGACCACAGUGCGCAUAUUCCGACCCGAAAGUAAAUAAUAGAGGAAUGGGUGUCCAUAAAGAACUAUGCGUUGGGCUUCAUAAGGGCCACAAAAUUACCAAAAAUGUUACAGCUCCAAGACCUUCACGAAGGAAAGGUAAACUUACUAAGCAUACCAGAUUCAUCAGGGACAUUGUACGUGAAGUAUGUGGGUUUGCUCCAUAUGAAAAAAGAGCAAUGGAGCUGUUGAGAGUUUCUAAAGAUAAAAGAGCUCUGAAGUUUAUUAAGAAAAGGCUUGGAACACAUUUGAGAGCCAAGAGGAAGCGAGAUGAGUUGUCUAAUGUUUUGACUGCACAGAGGAAAGCUGCCGCUCACAGAGAAAAGGAGGGAAAAUAAUUGUAAAAUAAUUCCAAUAAAAUAUUUCAUCUGUA